AUGCGGGAGAUUGAUAGAGGGUGCAGCCAGCGCGACGUCGGAGACAGGCGAAGGGCGCUCCUGCGGCAGCGUGACAUCAGCCGGCUGCACCACCGCCUGCCCCUGCCUCCCAGCGCAAAGACGUCGUUUAUUAAAAAAAAAAUAAUUCAAUCCCUGGCUGCUCACGCCUCCCUGGGGAAGGCAGCCAUCCACUCGGGGCCGUCCCUUGCCCUCAGCCGGCUCCUGUGUCCCCCACAUGUAAAUCGCGGUGCCAUGAGUCCCACGGGCCUUUACCCCAGCUUUCUGCUACAGCUGCCCCUGCGUUGCCCCUCUUUUCCCAAACGCUCCAAUUCUGGAUGGGAAUUCACAAUUUUUGCGCCGGAGCAGCGCGCAGCAGGGGGAUGGACACGCAGUAGUGAACUGGAAAAGCACAAGCAUUCAAAACUAAGCGUUGCCUACCUGCAGAAUGGCUUGAGUGCAAGGAGGAGGGCAGCUACAGAUUGCAGGGACUUUGCCACCUGCACAAAUUAUGACCCAGGAAAGCCUCACAGGGUCACGCAGUGGUUCCAGUUCUUCUUGGUCAAAACUCCAGCCGUCCCCCUGCUCAUCUUCUGGCCGGCAGCUCCACCACCUCUGAGGACCACGUCAGGACCCUCUCGUCCACAAAGGCUUUCGCCCCCGGGGCUGCUUCAUGGACUCUUCACAACCUUUCCACCAGCAGCCACUGCCCCUCCAGCACCGAAGGCAGCGCUGCCCAAGCCCGGGAGCGGUGCUAUCAGUGCCUCGUCAGGACGCAGCAGGAAACGUCUGGCCUCCGCUCCACCACCAUCUGCUAGAACCAGGCCUCCUCUGGCGAGAGUCCAACGCAAAGUGCCGUUCGCCGCCGCGGGGACCGGCGUGGUGAGCAGCGACUUGCUGGCCAAGGAGGCGGAGUACAAGCAACUGAAUGCAGAAUUAGAAGCAAAAACAGCAAAACUGGUGCGUCAGGCCGAAGAAGUAAUGAAAGGCCAACGGGAGAUACUAUGCAGACCAGUUUCAGUAAAGACUAAGUCAUGUGAAGAUGACAGACAGAGAGAUCCACUCUGUCCUGAAGCUUCAUCUCUUACACACUCGUAUGCCAAGCUAGCAAACAAGAAGAAAUGUGCUUCGGUGCCCACAGCUCAGAACAGACCAUACUCUGGGAUUAAGGGAAAAAGAACAACUUCAAGUUCAAAAAUAGGAAGCCCGGAAGUACAAAGUGCUGAUGAUGUUGCGAUACUGGAAGAUUGCAUAGAUUUUUCUUUAGCAAAAACAAUAUGCAAAAUUGAAGAAAAACUAGAGAAAGGAGACUUGCCAGAUUGUCUAGAUGAUGAUAUUAUUCCAAGUGUUGGAAAUGAAAUUGGAGCAGAAGCUCAAAUCAGAUUUCUUAAGGCAAAGCUACGUGUUAUGCAGGAAGAGCUGGAUAGUGUAAUGCGUGAAUGCAGGAAAAAGGAUGAUGAAAAUCAGAAUUUAAAAUCUCGGCUUAAAGGUGUGGAAGAAGAAAACACCAGAAUGCAACGAACGAUCAGUAUGCAGCGUUCUCAGAUGGAAAAGUACAAAAUGUUGUCACAAGAAGCAAACAAAAAAAGCGAAGGGUUACAACAAGAGGUCAUAGCGCUAGAAAAGGAACUGGAGACUCUGAAGCGUGUACAAAAGCAGGCCACAACCAGUCAGAGUGCAACAGAGGUUCGCUUAAACAGGGCCCUGGAAGAAGCGGAAAGGUAUAAAGUGGAGCUGAAUAAACUGAAGCAAAGUAACAAGGAUGUAGCUAACCAAGAACUCAAAACAAUUGAAGAAUUAAAAACAGAAAACAAGAAACUGCAGAAACAAAAAGGAGAGCUAAUGACAGGCUUUAAAAAGCAGUUAAAGUUAAUUGAUAUUUUAAAGAGACAAAAGAUGCACAUUGAAGCUGCUAAGAUGCUUUCUUUUACUGAAGAGGAAUUCAUGAAAGCUCUUGAGUGGGGAAAUUACUGA